AUUUUUCGUCAAUUUGUGCAAUGCGGAUGAAAUAAGCAUUGAUUGCAUUUAAAUUUGAUUUUUUUUAUCUCAUGACAAUUGCCUGGUGACAAGUGACACAUUUGACAAAAAGAGCUUCUUUGCCAUGGAGAACAUUUGUCUAUUAUGCCUUUUCGCUUCACACAUUCAUGUAAACUUUUUUCCUCAACGUCAUUUUCACCCGCUUAUUCCCCUAAGCUAUCCUUUCCGCAAACUCUGGGAAAAUCAAGCGCUUCCGCUGUUACAGUAUCCUGUGAUCCAUUUUUGGAGUCGCGAUCCGAUUCGUUCUUAUGUUAGCCAGCGUUGGCGGUUACACUCUUUUGUGCUGAUAUACAGACCGCAACGGUAUCUUCGAAUGGUUAUUGCGCGCACUUCCUUGAGCUGCCAGCUGUACCAAAUUUUUUGCUAUCAUACUGCGCUUUGUCCCACCAAUUUCCGGAUUUAUAAAAAAAAAGAAACCUUUUUACUGACAAACCUGACUGGCAGCGUCCAUUCAAGGGCGGGCAGACAUUGUAUACAGCAAAAAUUGCAACAAAAAUUUGACAGACUGGUAAUAGUUGGCGCGAACAACAUGAUAAUUGCACGAGGCAUAUGAGGACUAUCGAUACGUGCUAACCUCUGUGCCUUAUUUUUUCACACUCGUGCUCGCUGGAUCUUUUCGAUGAAAGAAACAAAAGGGAUAUGCAAUAGUAUCAGUCGGUUAUCUGAAAGCAAAUGUAUGCGUCACCAGUUAAGAGCAAUAACCGCAAUAAAACGGAUCAAAAUGUCACUGGCCGUUUUUCAUAUUAGCUCUUUUUGUUACGGUACAUACAGAUUUAGGAUGCCAAAAUUCUGCAUUGAAUAACAUGCAUUGAAUGAAUGAAAUGCAUUGAAAUUCUGUGACACAUCCCAGAGGGCUCAUCACAUGACGAAAUUAAGAAAACAGCGU